UUUAAUUUGUUUUCUGAUCUAUAUAGAUAAAUUCUAAACUAGCUACAAGUAUGUCAUAUAUAUUCUUUGAUUACUCCCCCACUCGAGAAGAGAUGGAGGCAAUGAAGCCCUGCGCCGCUAACUAUCCGCCUCUGACGCCGUUAGGUUUCUUAGAAAGAGCCGCCAUCGUGUACGGUGACUGUACCUCCAUCGCUUACGGAAGCAACACCGUUUACACGUGGCGUGAAACUAACCUCCGUUGUCUCCGCGUCGCAUCCUCUCUGUCUUCCCUCGGUUUAGGCAGGUCCGACGUCGUCUCCGUCCUUUCUCCCAACACUCCGACGAUGUACGAGCUCCAGUUCGCUGUUCCCAUGUCCGGCGCAAUCCUCAACAACAUCAACACGCGACUCGAUGCACGCACCGUCUCUGUUCUACUCAGCCACUCUGAAUCUAAGCUUCUCUUCGUCGACGUCUUCUUCUGCAAUCUAGCCGUCGAAGCUAUCUCGAUGAUGACGACUGAUCCGCCCAUUCUCGUCUUCAUCGCCGAUAAAGAAGAGGAAGGAGGAGGUGGUGCUGACGUGGCGGUUCGCAACAAGUUCAGUUACACUUACGAUAAUCUUGUCGAGAGAGGCGAUCCGGGUUUCAAAUGGAUCCGACCCGAAAGCGAAUGGGAUCCGAUUGUGCUUAAUUACACUUCCGGUACGACUUCGGCACCCAAAGGAGUGGUACACUGCCACAGGGGUAUUUUCGUAAUGUCAAUGGAUUCUCUAAUCGAUUGGACCGUACCGAAAAAUCCGGUUUACUUAUGGACUCUACCGAUGUUUCACGCUAACGGUUGGUGUUAUCCGUGGGGGAUCGCCGCCGUCGGAGGAACUAACGUCUGUUUGCGCAAGUUCGAAGCGCCGUUAACAUACCGUUUGAUACGUGAUCACAACGUCACGCACAUGUGUGGAGCUCCGGUCGUGCUCAACAUGUUAUCGGCUGCGACUCAGGAAUCUCAUCAGCCGUUAAAACGUCCCGUCAACAUUUUAACCGCCGGUGCUCCACCUCCAGCCGCCGUGCUCCUCCACGGAAGCAACACCGUUUACACGUGGCGUGAAACUAACCUCCGUUGUCUCCGCGUCGCAUCCUCUCUGUCUUCCCUCGGUUUAGGCAGGUCCGACGUCGUCUCCGUCCUUUCUCCCAACACUCCGACGAUGUACGAGCUCCAGUUCGCUGUUCCCAUGUCCGGCGCAAUCCUCAACAACAUCAACACGCGACUCGAUGCACGCACCGUCUCUGUUCUACUCAGCCACUCUGAAUCUAAGCUUCUCUUCGUCGACGUCUUCUUCUGCAAUCUAGCCGUCGAAGCUAUCUCGAUGAUGACGACUGAUCCGCCCAUUCUCGUCUUCAUCGCCGAUAAAGAAGAGGAAGGAGGAGGUGGUGCUGACGUGGCGGUUCGCAACAAGUUCAGUUACACUUACGAUAAUCUUGUCGAGAGAGGCGAUCCGGGUUUCAAAUGGAUCCGACCCGAAAGCGAAUGGGAUCCGAUUGUGCUUAAUUACACUUCCGGUACGACUUCGGCACCCAAAGGAGUGGUACACUGCCACAGGGGUAUUUUCGUAAUGUCAAUGGAUUCUCUAAUCGAUUGGACCGUACCGAAAAAUCCGGUUUACUUAUGGACUCUACCGAUGUUUCACGCUAACGGUUGGUGUUAUCCGUGGGGGAUCGCCGCCGUCGGAGGAACUAACGUCUGUUUGCGCAAGUUCGAAGCGCCGUUAACAUACCGUUUGAUACGUGAUCACAACGUCACGCACAUGUGUGGAGCUCCGGUCGUGCUCAACAUGUUAUCGGCUGCGACUCAGGAAUCUCAUCAGCCGUUAAAACGUCCCGUCAACAUUUUAACCGCCGGUGCUCCACCUCCAGCCGCCGUGCUCCUCCGCGCCGAGUCAAUCGGUUUCGUUAUCAGUCACGGUUACGGAUUAACAGAAGCGGCCGGUGUAGUCGUCUCCUGCGUGUGGAAGCCACAGUGGAAUCGUUUACCGGCGAGUGAUCGAGCGAGGCUGAAGGCACGGCAAGGAGUGAGAACCGUCGGGUUUACUGAAAUAGACGUGGUGGAUCCUGAAUCGGGUCGAAGCGUCGAGAGGAACGGAGAAACUAUGGGAGAGAUAGUGAUGAGAGGAAGCUCGAUCAUGCUUGGUUACUUGAAAGAUCCGAUGGGAACAGAGAAAGCUUUAAAGAACGGGUGGUGUUACACUGGAGAUGUUGGUGUGAUUCACUCGGAUGGUUAUUUAGAGAUUAAGGAUAGAUCGAAAGAUAUAAUCAUAUCAGGAGGAGAGAAUGUGAGUAGCGUGGAGGUUGAAGCGGUUUUGUAUACGAAUCCGGCGGUGAGUGAGGUGGCGGUGGUGGCGAGACCUGAUGAGUUUUGGGGUGAGACGCCGUGUGCGUUUGUGAGUCUGAAAGAAGGGUUGAGUGUGGAACCUACGGAGGAGGAGUUGAUAGAGUAUUGUAGGAACAAGAUGUCUAGGUUUAUGGUUCCUAAAACGGUUUUGUUUAGGGAUGAGUUGCCUACGACUUCGACGGGGAAAGUUUCUAAGCUUGUGCUUAAGGAGAUUGCUAAGACGAUGGGUGAUGGGUGAUACAAUUUCUUAAACAUCUUUCACCGUUCCAUAAGAUUACGAAUCACAUUGAUUCUAAUAUAUUUAUGGAACGAAUAUGUAGCAACUGGACAAUAUAAUGGUCAAUGAAUUUGUAUUCCCUAAUCCCCAUAUAUGUAACAAAACGGUUGAUUGGUUUGA